UCACAGUCAGUUUUGAGUUUGAGUGUUUGACAGUUUAUUUGCAAAAAAAUACUUUCAGUUUGCGUUUGGUCUUUUUAUUUGAUCAAACAUUUGGAUUGUCUACUGAUUUUUGCUUUAUCAUUUUCUGAACGGUUAUAAUGGGUGACUUCAAUCCUUAUGAUGACAAUGGAGGUACCGUGGCAGCCAUUGCUGGACAGGAUUAUGUUCUCGUUGCGUGCGACAGCCGAUUGAGCACAGGAUCCACAAUUUUGUCUCGCGUAACACCGAAAAUCUAUCCGCUCUCGAAGCAAACUGUCUUCGCCUGCGCAGGGUUCCAUGCUGAUGUCUUGACGUUGGUGAAAAAUCUCGAAGUUCGCAUGAAAUUGUUUGUCCAUGAGCAUGGCGAGGAGAUGUCGACGAAAGCCAUGAUGGCGCUGAUGCUGCCCACUUUGUACGGACGCAGAUUCUUCCCGUUCUAUGUUCGACCGAUCGUUGCUGGUUUGGAUCGCGAUGGACGCGGUCUCGUCGCCUCUUAUGAUCCUGUUGGUACACCGGAAUUUUUCGACUACGUUAUUCAAGGCAGCGCGGAAAAUCUUGUGCAUCCUUUCCUACAUAAUCAGAUCGGAAUGAAGAGGACGCUGAGUGAUGUGCCGAUUCAGGCUCCGCCUGAACUGACGAUGGAAAAGGCCAUCAAACUGAUUAAAGAUUCAUACCUGGCGGCGGCGGAACGGGAUGUCUAUACGGGCGAUACGGUUACGAUCAUGGCACUGACCAAGGAUGGCACCAAUUUCAUCGAUUAUCAGUUGCGCCGUGAUUGAUGCUACUUGUUUCUCAUGAUUUGUUUUCUAUUAAUUUUGAUAAUGUGCAACAAUAGCGGAAAGAGUGCCGUUUAUGGCGUUUCAUCGGUACCAUGCAUUCAUUCAUUAAUUAUUACUAGUUCCAAUAUUUUGUCGAAGUUAAUAAAAGUCUACUGCAUGCA